AUGGCAUCGCGAUUUCCUCCAUCUUCCGGGUUCAACUCCCGUGACCGAUCCCCUCAGCGCUUUGGGGAUCGUCGUCCCCAAGGCGCCCGUGGCCUCGACGAUGCCAGUCCUUCAUUCGGCAGAGAACCUCCGCGUGGCCCCCGUGCUUUAGUGGACUCCCCUCGAGGUGGUCCGUAUGGUGGUGGCGGCCGUGGCCGUGGAUAUGGUCGAGGCGACUUUCGAGACCGGGAUCGUGACCUUCGAGAUCGAGAUCGAGACCGCGACUUUCGAGACAACCGUGAUGGUCCCCCAUUUCGACGGGAUAUGGAUCGCGACUGGAAUCGCAGAGACCGAGAUUUUGACCCCAGAGAUAAUCGUGGUGGCUUCGGUCGAGGUCGCUCACGAUCCCCCACGCGCGACUUCCGCGACAUGAGAGAGCCCCCGGGUCGCGAUUUCGAUCUGGUGCGCAUGCGCCGCAAUUCCCGCGACAGUAUCCUUUCAGCUUCAUCCGGGGGUCCCGAUGGCCCACCUCCUAUCGUCAAUCACCGUGGUGGAGGCUCGAUUCGCGGACGUGGACGAGGUGAUUGGGAAGGUGGUCGAGGCCGAGGACGUCCUCUUUUCCAUGAUGAUCGUGACUUGUUUCGACGACGAAGCCGAUCUCGCGAUGCAUGGCGAGAUCGUGCGCGAGACAGGAUACCUGACCGUUUACCCGAUCGUUUACCUGACCGACUACCUGACCGACUACCCGAUCGCUUACCUGAUCGAUUGCCUGAACGAUUACCUGAACGACUACCUGAUCGCUUGCCUGACCGCAUACCUGACCGGGUGCCUGAUCGUGAGCGAGAUCGAGAUGGGGACCGAGACCGCCCACCUGUCGUUGCCGACCGUUUACUAGAUCGAGAUCGCGAGCGAGAUAUACGCGACCGAGACCGGGACAGAGACCGCGAACAUACCGAGCGACGAGAUAGAUUUGAUCGGCGAGAAGAGUGGGACAAUCGCCGCCCUGAACGUGAUGAUCGGGACCGACCAGUAGAGCCCUGGAAAAGGGGAGACCACCCCCCCUCCCGAGCAGACAAUCGUGGCUCUGUCGGCUCGGCGUCAUCGAUUGCGCAUCCGGUACCCCCUGCAGCAUCUCCUGCUGCCCCUGAUCGCCUGUCAGACCAGUCACCGUUGGACCAGGGCCGCAAAGGAUCGAUCUUGUCGGGCCCACCUGGCCCUGAGUCUCGACGUGAGAGCGAACGUUCAGAACCCCCUUCUCGCCCGGAACCGCCAAAGGAGCCGGCAUCUGUUCCUCAGCAUUCACCUCCCCCAUCAGCUCCCCAAGUUCCUGCGUUCGGAUCCGUGUCAGCUCCCAUCCCAACUUUACCGACGGCCAAAGGAGCCUCCGAAGGGCGUACAGGUAGCGAUGCAUCGAUACAGGCAGAGAAAGACCGCCCAGACGGACCACCUGCUCUCCCGGUACAACCCCCAACUGGUCCGAAGGCGGAACGGAGAGAGUCAUUCCAGCAAGCAGACCCAAUUCGACCCCAGGAAGAGCCAGCUCGUGCGGUACGAUCAUCUACGCAUCUAUCUGAUAGGUCUCCCCCAACUGCCCCGGCUGCAAUGGCCAAGCGGGAUUCAAUGUCAGGACCAACCGAACCACAUGUCCCCGUUAAGCCAAGUUCAAUAACGUCCUCCCCAACUCUUGCGCGACUGCCUCCGCCAGGUCCUCGGGCUCCAUCGAAAGAGCCAUCCGUCUCCCCGCGAAUGUCAACAUCAAACAUCCCAACCGCCCCUCGAGCAUACCACCAACGACAAGCUCCUUCGCCGCGGGGACCGAACAAGAGCAACAAGCCAUGGGUUCGUCGCAGCUUCAGUCGUGGUCCAUCUGUUCCGAACGUGCCUCCGAAGAAGGAGAGUGAGGAGCGUGAGAGUAUUAUUCCAGUCGAGGAGGAAAAGCCCCGCCCAGAAAGACGAACUGAAUCGCCGGAACCUGUAGCAACCCAACACGAUAGCGCUUCGCCCUCAAUGAGACUGCCAAUUCGUAGCAGUCCACCGCCUGUACCGACAGUCGAAGAAGGACCUGGGAGAGAGCCCGAUCAACCAGAGAAGGAAAAUCCCGCUGUCAUCCCCGACGACUUUGGGCAAUCAACCGACGAGGAAGAGGAAGAAAACGCGCUCUUCACCCAGGAAUAUCUAGAGGAACGGAAGCGAAUAUUCGAGAAGGACAUGCAAGCUCUUAGAGCGGAAAUGCCUCCUUCGCCUUUAGAAGACCCGACCAUUCUGGCUCUCUUGCGCCGCAUCCAGAUUCUUGGAAGGAUUGCACAGGAAGAAGUAUCGGAACAGCCCUCUGAAUCGCUCCCUUCAGUGGAAGACGAAGAACAAGAACCCACUGCAAUGUCUCCCACGCAAAACAACGAGCGAGUUGUAUCAUUCGCCCCCGCGAAAGAGCCGUCACCAGUACCCCAAACCUUCGUUCCUCCUGUCGUUUCUCGCGAUGAGAUCACCCUUGAUAGCCUUCCCUUUUUGAAUUCAGGGCCACCUACUCCCAUCUCCGAUAUGGAAGUCACCCAUGAGAAUGUUACCCACCUCGACCUCUUCAAAGAUAUUUUCCGCGAUGAGCUUUCCCAACGGCAGAAGCAAAUCGCAAAGAAGAAUGCAGUGUUGCGAGAGGAAUAUAUGUCUUAUUAUAAACCUUGGCGAAUGGAUAUAUGGGAGAUGGAUCGCAAAAAGGACAAGAAGCCGAUGACGCCUGCUCCUGCAACUCCGCCAGCACCGACUCUUCCUCCCACUCCUGCGGCCAUCCCGGAAGGUCGUGAGGGACGCCGUUAUAAGGGCAACAGCGAGCUAGAUUUCCUCAACGCUCUCAAGGCAUCGGAAAUAUCCGCACAAGAAGAACUGGAGCGUCGACGCACCAAGGAGGCGACGGCGCGUCCAGAUUUGGCUCGUGAAGCUAUCAUUCCGGAUAUGUUUGAGCCAUUUGAAGAACAGGCCAGUGUCUAUAAAGAUUUCAACAACACAAUCGAUGUCAACCAUGCCAUGGAUGUCUUCGGCUUCCUUCCGCCACCCAAUGACUUCACGAAGGAGGAGCAUCUCACUUUCACCGAUGCCUUCAUGGCGCAUCCCAAAAGAUGGGGCAAGAUUGCCGAGUCCCUCCCAGGUAGAGAUUAUCGUCAGUGCAUCGUGCACUAUUAUCUCACCAAAGAAGAGAUCAAGUAUAAGGCGAAGCUCAACAAACGAUGGAGUCGUCGGGGUCGAGGAAAGACUCGAUCUACCCGACCCAAAUCUAACGCUCUUAUUGCCGAUCUUGGGGUUGUUAAGCCAGAUCUCGAUGGCGAAGAUGAGACCCCUCAGAUUACAGAGACAGGACGGCCACGGCGCGCUGCCGCACCUACAUUUGGUGAUUCUAAUGACCCCGAAGGUGCUGCCCCUGCUCGCCGAGGCCAAACUGGUAAAGAUGGCGAGCCCAUCGAGAAGACUACCACUAGUCGACGUGGUGGACGUGGAGGAGCCCGCACGCAAAGACGCGUGAAGACUGGACCGCAAGACCCCAAAGCCCAAGGUGCGCCGCCAGGAAUCGUUCCUCUUGCAGCUCUCCCAAGUACAGAAUCUGGCCCGGAGGUGAUGAUGGAGACUGUCCCUGGGAUUUCUCAAGAGCGAGAAAUCGUCGACAAAGACAAUAUACCUCCCAACUCUCGCCCGAGACCAGGCCGCGGAAGAGCCAAAGAAGGCAUGUACGUUUUCGAAACCACCGAAGCCGAGCCGAUCAUGGCGCCCAAGCCAUCGGAGACUGGUUAUGGAUCUCUGCAACCGACGAGUUACUGGUCGGUGCCUGAGCAGCGUGAUUUUCCACGACUGCUGGCACAUUUCGGUCGUGAUUUUGAAGGCAUCUCGAAUUUCAUGAAGACUAAGACAACCGUAAUGGUGAAAAACUAUUACCAGCGCCGUCUGGAUUCGGGUCAAAAGGAUUUUGAGGAUUUGAUAGUGGCCGCAGAAGAUAAAAAAGCUCGCGGCGAGGAUACCGGUCCACUUCCCGUGCCCAGUGUAGCACCGAAGCGGCGCUACGAGGCGACUCCGUCUGCCAUCGUUCCUCGUCCACUGGCACCCCACGGUGAGCUCAUGGCCGAGGGAGAUGACACACGGUUCCCCAAGGGUAAACCUCUCGCGAUGUCUCCACAGCCAGUAUCACACCUUGGUCGCCCACUAUCGGAGAAUGAGCGCAGUGUGGGUCGCUAUCCGACACUCGCACAGGCAUCUGCUGCGACUGCUGUGCCACCGGUGGCCGCCACCCUUGGCGACGACGCUGCUCGCGCUAUGCGAGCUCAGGCAGGACCGUCAUCUCGCAUACCGGGCCCACGACUUGGAUAUUUCACCGAGGACCGGAGGGACUCAGCACUAUUGCCGCAUUCAUCUGCACGGGCCCAAGAUAUCUCUCAUCAUGGCUCCGGUGCACCCUUACCUGCAGACUUGGCUCGGAUGGACCCUAUGGCUCAGUCUGCCUAUAUUCAGCUGCCCCGAUCGGAUCUCGAGAUCCCUUCAACACAUCGCGACCCUUUCGGCCCAAGACAGUUCUAUCCCCUAUCAAGUCAAUCGAUGGGCAUGUCCCACUCGCCCCGACCUGUUUUGUCUCCUGUCAAAGAUAUCUCGCGAGCGAGUCUGACGCCCGCUCCCGAGGCCACUCGUCAUGUGCCAGCGAAGCGGUCCAAUAUCAUGAGCAUUCUCAACGACGAGCCCGAAGAGCCUCAGCCUCGAAAGCGAUUUGCCAGUGAAGCGCCCUCUGCUCCUGUCUCGAGCUCCAUCCCUGCAUCAAGAUCUGCCUAUCCACAGGCGGGUUCUGCUCGCCCCGAAGAAGUUACCAAGCCGGCUGGCUUUGGGCAGCAUGGCCAAUAUCCACCUCCAUCGCGCGGCUAUGCUGAAUACUCCAGCUACGGGCCUCCCUCUGGUGGACCGGCGACGCCGGCAAACAACGACUGGAUGGCGCGAUUCGAUCCUAGGGCACAGCAAGGUGGCCCUCCUGCGCCGACUCAGCCAACACCGCAGCCGAGCGGUCGCCUAGCUGCUCAAGGUUCUUUUGGGCACUUCGGUUCGGCAUCCGGCCAGGCACCCGGUUCUUUGAACAGUCUCCCUGUCCCGUCUCCUGCACCGACACCGCCACCUGCUGCUUCUCAGAGGUCCGCUUAUCCGAACGUCUUUGGACAGGCUCCUGCUGGCCAGCCAGCAGCGUCUGGCUCUCGUGAGAUGCCACCUCAACCUUCAACAUAUCGGACCGGCUCACCCCCGCCACGAGCGAGUAGUGCCGCCUUCGGUUCGCGGGAGGCUCCGACAGCGUCUCAACCUUCCCCGGGUCUUUUUGGAAUACCUCCUCGCCAACCCGGCUCGCAGCCCUCGUACGGCCCAGGUGGAUCUUCUACCCCGUCUGCGACCCAACCUCAUAGCCAGAGCUACCAACAACAUGUUCAGACUCUAGUCAAUGGCUCUCAUCGCUCCACUCCGGUCAACAUGCCCGUUGGACCUCCUCAAUAUGGACACAACACUCCACCACCACAAGCUCAAGGGGGUAGAUCGAUGUCGUCCCUGGCUACAAUAGGACGUCCUUACUCUCCGUCGUCUGCUCUACACCACUCAGUGAGUGGUAAUGGCAUGGGCUACGCACCUCCGCCCCAAUCCUCGUCGGCAGGGGCCAUGCCACCUCUCCACCAACGGCCACCGGGGUCAGGUUCGCUGGGCGAAUCUGUCUCUACACCGACACACCACCGUGUCUAUAGCCAAAGCUCGGCACAGGGUGGACUGCCAGGGCCUCUGCACCCAUCAUCGCAACCGCCCCGCUAG